UAAUGAUUUCCCCACUCUCCGCCCCAACGUGCCCCUAUGAUUCAGCGAGUCUUGUUUACAAUACCGUGAAAGUUAUUUUUAGAUUUUCAGAAAACGAGCAUCCGCGUGUGUUAAAACAGGAGUGGCUUGUUGGAGUGAAUAAAGAAUGAAAAUGAGGCUGCCAUGUACACGUACAACCCUGGCGAGGGUCAGCUGUGUGUUGUCAUGUACAACAGUUCUUAUCGGGAUGAUUGCUUUGUUCUCAAACCAUUGGCUUGAAUCUGACCGCAUGCACGCCGGAUUAAUAUCUGGUUGCUACGGCGAUACUUGUGUAUCAGUGACUGAUAACAUCUCGCCAAGUUUCAAAACAAGCUAUGGAGUUGGUGUGACAAUGCUGAUGUAUCUACCACUCGUACUCAUUUUUGUGACCGCCGUCCUGCAAGGGAUAACAGUGGUAAAGGGUCCUUCUACACGCAGAGAUGUGUCGGGGUUGGUCUUGGCUUGGCUUUCAGGAUAUCACAGUUUACUGUUGACAAUACUAAUGAUAGCAGCAGCCUCUAUGAUCCCGUCACCUCAAGGUACUGACUCAAGAGCAAUGUCAUCGCAGUUUGGGUAUCCCUCGACCACAACUGCCCACUCUUCUUAUAUUGGAGACGGAUACUUGCGCAGUGAACACGAACACAUGGAAUGGGUCGUGAGUGAACAUAGCGAAUCUUCAUAUGACCUCUCCUGGAACAUCGGAUGGUCGGCCUAUUUUGGCCUUCUCGCCGCCAUGUUUGCUUUAGCCUCAGCAGUUUCAACCUCUCUGUACUUUGGUAAGCCAGACAAUGAAGGAAGUGAAGACACCAUACCGUUACAGUCAAAUGUUUAAAUAAUAGAUAGAAAAACUUUCAGCCAUUGUGAACGUGACAUUGUAGUAGACUCGUCACAAAUUACGUCAUAAUUAAGCCAAAGCUGAUAUUUAAAUUAAGCAGCUGAUGUUUUUCAAACAUUCGGCCCAAAAAAUGCUGAAAGACCAUACAUAUUGUUUGUUUGUUUUUGGCUUGCGCUCGCCCCAUUGAAAAAAAUCAAUCCAAAAUUUAAUAGAUCUAGUAACACUCACACAGAUAUUUGAUGUAUCAAAAACUUUGUAAAGUCAGCUAAGAAUGCUACAUUUUCAUAGCAGUAAAUAUUCAAGUCA